UGCUUAAUCAAAAGCGAGAAAUGAAAUGAAAUCUGAAUUUGGAGAAGAAAACUGUAGUGACGAUGGAAGGGUCAGAUGAAGAUGAAGAUGAAGUUAUCCUCGUUUGUACUAACCCUCACAAUCCAAUUGAAUCAACGGAUACCAUAAACCAACACAUUCUCCUCUCAACCACUCAUAUCCUCGCUUCCGAUUUAACACCAUUUCUCACUUCCCACACUAUCAAAGUUCACGCACAUCGCAAUAGGCUCAUUGAACAAUCUUUGUAUUUCCGAGGCCUCCUCGGUGGAAGCUUCAGUGAAUCAUGCUUGGGCUCUGUCAAUAUCGACUGGAAUCUGCCUGUGUUUAUGCAAAUUCUUAAGCAUAUGUGUGGCUGCCCAUUGGAUAUUACCACUGAAAAUGUUCUUCCUCUUUAUGAGGGUGCACUUUAUUUUGGAGUGGAGACACUUCUCUUAAAGUGUGAGACUUGGUUUUCUGAGGUAUUCUCACCCGAAGGAUUUCAAUUAACACAAAUACAGAUGGAUGAUUUGAUCCAGAUAUGGAAAUUUGGCUUGGAUCAUGCAAGUGAUUUGAUUCUUCACUUAUGUAUCAGCUACCUAGCAAGAAAUUUUAUGUGGGCAAAGAAGAACAAUGUUUUUGGAAAAAUUCCAUAUAACUUGUUGUUAUCUUCAGUAAAGCACCCUCUUUUGACUGUUGACAGCGAGAUGCAUCUUUCUGAUGCACUUCUUCUUUGGCUUGAAAGUAACAUGGAAAAUUUGGAGAAGCGGAGCGAAGCAGAAAACAACUACAAUGAAAUUUUAAAACAAAUUCGUGUGGGCCUUUUGCCUUUGUGGUUUGCUGCAGGAAAAAGAAACUCUUUUUAUUUUAGGCAACUGGCUGAGGAAAGCCUUGAUUCAAUUUUCAGAGCACUGAAUAUCCUACCAAUAGGUUCAGUAGAUAUUUCCGGGUACAGUGACUUGCAACAUCUCAGGAUUCGACUUACAGAACAUUCAAAGAAAAUGGACCUUUCCAAUUGUCCACAAAUAACAUCUGCAAUUCUGCUUUUGUCACUCACACCUGCAUCGUAUCCAACGGAUCCCGUGCGAAAGGAGAUUAUAGAACAGUUCUUUAUUAGUUCUGGACAUCCUAUAAGAGAUAAAUAUGAAUUGCCACAAAAAUUGUUAGAAACCUUUAUCUUUGAAGCAGUUCAGGAGGUGGAUAUCUCGAAGUGUCGAAGACUGUUUAUUGAACAUGCUGUUGAUUGUCUCAGCCAGUCCUUUCCUUCUUUACGAAUAUUAAAAGCAGCUUUUCUUUUGAAUAUCAGGACAACCGGUUUCUUUCAGUUAUUGGAGAAGUGCUCUUUGGUCGGCGAAAUUGACUUGACUGUUGAUGUUACUCCACUAAUUCCAGCAUCAGUUACAGUUUUAUCCUCUAAUCCUGCUAUGAUACCACCGGAACUAGAGAAGACCUCAAGUCUUAAAUAUCAAGCCGUGCAAACCAUGCCAUUUCAUUUUCAUGAACCUAAACCUCUAAUUUCUAAUGUUACAAAACUAACAUUGGAAGGAAGAACUGAUGUCAGUGAUUUGAGUCUCCAGUAUAUCUCCAAAUACUUUGUUUUGUUGUGUCACCUGAAUAUUAAAGGAUGCAUUUCUGUCACUGAUAUUGGCAUAUCAGAUCUCAUACGCAGAUGUAAAAAACUUAAUUCGAUUGUGGUCUGUGAUACUUCAUUUGGGAUAAAUUCAGUUCAAGCUCUUUGCUCAGCUACUUCUGAUGGUGGCAACUUUCCCUGUAUGCAUUCUAGUGAAAAGCAUUUAAAUUCUGUGGUGUCUAAUCUUCAAGCUCUGCAUAUGGGUGGCUGCAUAGGUAUUUGUGAGUUGUCUCUACAAGAACUUAUGUCUCAAACACAUGUUUUGAAGAGUCUAUGCCUGAGAGGGACUUACCUGGUUGACCAGGCACUAUAUAAUUUCAAAGGUUCUUCCUUGGAGAUGCUGGAUGUGUCAAACACCAAGAUUUCUGAAGCUGCAUUAAGUUAUGUUAUUCACGGAAAUCCAAGUUUGAAGAGUCUGAAAGCAAGAGGUUGUAAAAAUUUGUUAAAAAGAGAUAGUUCUAUUGAAAAGAGAGAAUCUAGAUUUUCCUCCCUGCAUGAAGAACUACAUGCUGAGUUAGGAAAGAAGUGUAGAUUGGAAGAAAUUGAAUUUGGUUGGGGUUUUUCUUCCUUCUCUCUAAGGGCUUUGGAACCUGCAGUGAUGUCAUUAAAGACCAUCAACAUAGGUUUAGGUGGAAUGUUAGGUGAAGAUGCAUUGAGACAAUUACCAGCAAUUUGUCCCCUGCUAGAAACAAUAAUCCUUCAUUUUCAGGUAAUAUCUGAUAUCAUUGUGACAAAAUUAACUACAUCCUUGAUGAACUUACAAGUAUUAGCUCUGUGCUAUUGUUUUGGCGAUAUAUCCAUGUCUAGCUUCAAAUUCCCCAUGCAAAAUCUAAGAAAGUUGAGGCUUGAAAGAGUAACCCCAUGGAUGACCAAUGAAGAUUUGAUUAUUUUAACUCAGAACUGCAGAAAUUUAGUUGAGCUUUCAUUGCUCGGGUGUCCUCUUCUUAACUCAGAUUCUCAACAGAUAAUUUCACAUGCAUGGCCAGGCUUGGUCUCUAUACAUCUAGAGGACUGUGGAAAAGUAACAGCAAAUGGGGUCUCUGCUCUUCUUGACUGCAGAGCUCUUGAAGACCUUCUGUUGCGUCAUAAUGGCCCUGGGCUACAAAGAAACUUCAUUUUUCAUGCUGCUUCAAAGAUGCCAUUGCUUCGAAAAUUGUCACUGGAUAUAUGUGAUGCAAGUGAAGGUGAUUUUGACAUUCCAAAUUAUGAAGACAGAUACUUUUUGAGUACCUUGAAGAUAGCAAGAUGCAAAUCUCAAAGAUGUGCAUUUAAUCUCCCAGUCCCUCCACCAGGGAGUCGUAGACGAUCCGUGCACCUAGAAACACUGGUGCUUGUGUGGAACAGCAAAAAUCUCACCAGAACAGUGGUGAAGGAAAGGCUUUAGUGGAUGCUUAUGUGACCAUUAUUUAACCCAAGCUGAAGAACAUAAUGUUUGGUAUCACGGUGGAAUGGUACUGCAUCACACAUUCAGUUGAAGUGACAAUUUGAAGGUUCUCAAAUUAAGAUGUCUCAGAACACAAAAAUGGGAAACGCGACAUAUGCAAGCAAACAUUGGCGAAUUAGUUUGUCUAGUCGCAUUGCUUUAUUAAGAGAGAGAUGGACACAAUUUUAACAUACAAUAUCGAUCAUUUGAAAUAUUAACAUAAGAUAAUCCCUUAUUUAGAUUUAAGAUGGUAUUAUUGCUUCUGUGAAAAAUGACAUUUCCAACUUCAGAGAAAAGUCACGUUUAAAAGGCUUAACCAUAAGCUUCUGAAUAGCUAUUUUGAACACAAUACAAGCUAAUUCAAACA